GGCAACAGGACUCCACUCAGCUGGAGCUUAGUGAGGGAAGGGAGGAGCCGCCCAGUUCCCCAAUGGCCUGCACGGAUACCUUCCUCGAUUAGCGUGUGCAUCCUUGUUGAAUCGCCCACUCAUAUCGAUAUUUUUUUUUCUUCUCCACGAUCAAGCUUGCAGCAGGCAUUCAACCUCACGGAACCCUGCAGCAAGUUGGCAGAAAAUAGUUCCCAAUUUUUAUUUUCUCAUUUGACCUCUCACCAGGAGCCCUUGGAUUCGAUUGGUUCGCGUGUUGCCCAGCCGCGUGAGCAAACAAACACCGACUAGCCUAAGCGUCACAUUGACUCUCACCACUCACCCCAGUACACCAAUUCCACCUCCAUCAACUGCAGUACACACAUCCCGUAUCUGCAGCUACAUCUACAUCUUGUUCUCUCCUCUUCCUUCAGCCCCUGUGCUGUUCAGGAAACCAUGUCUGAGCAAGCAGACGUCAAGAUGGAAGGUGGCUCCCCUCAAGCACAACAUGCCCCACCAGCCAACGACUCAAGCAACGCACCUGUCGACGCAGAUGCUGGAGAGAGGGCUUCGAAGAGACUUAAGACGGAAGAUUCGCCCCCCUCUCGAGCAGCCCCGGCUUUUGAGGAGGCUGUCCCUGGCGAAGGCCAAGACAACGCGAACCCUACAAAGAGCGAGAAUGGCCAAGCCGGAGAUUCAAACACCGAUCCCAAGCCUGACCAUGUCGACGGGCGUGUCAAGGGUCUUGCGCCCAUUAAGAAAGAAUACCUAAUCGACAUGGGCAACCAGGCCAACCAAGAAGAUGAGGCUUCCAACCAGGCUAAUGACGAUGAUGCUGCUGAGGGUCGCGGUUCUACUGAGCAGGGUGACUCCAGGGAUGACAGAAACUCCCGCAAGGGUGGCAAGAAGGACAAGAAGGACAAGAAGAAGAGCAAGGGCCAGAACACAGAGCGUAGCUUCGGCAGGUUUGAUGACGCCAUCCGCCUGUGCAACAGCCGAGCCUUUUACCCAGAAUUCUCGCCCAGAGAGUGCAGGUUUGCCGAGCGAUGCAAGUUAUGCCACGAUCUCCGCAAAUACCUCGACGAAGGCCGUCGCGAAGAUGUUGAGACGCUUGGUGGAAAGUGCCCUGUGUUCGAGCAACACGGCUACUGCCCGUCCGGAUGGAAAUGCCGCUUCGUUAAAAGCCACAUGAAGGAAGUCGAGCACGAGGAUGGCAGAAAGGAGCUCGUUCUCGUCAACAAUUCCGCGGCUGAUGGUAAGGACAUCGGGCCUAAGGAUGAGGAGUCCGAGGAGCAGCGCCCCGCCAUCUCCAACAUUGUCAGCAUGGACAAAAAGAUCGCCCUCAAUCGCAAACGAACCGACUUUACCCGCUCGGAUCAGUACAUCCAGUGGCUCAACCUGGAGGCAAGGCUGAGCGAGGAGUUCCAGAACCGUCGCAAGUCGCAGGCGAACGAGGGUAUCGAGGACCUUCGCGCCCGAUAUGUCGAUCCUCCUUUCAAGCCCUCUGAGAAGCGUCGUCUUUACUUUGGGCCUGAAACUCCCACGCUGGCGCCCCUGACUACCCAAGGCAAUCUGCCUUUCCGCAGACUCUGUGUUGAGCUCGGUGCUCAACUCACCUAUUCUGAGAUGGCCAUGGGCAUGCCUCUGGUUCAAGGCACAAAGUCUGACUGGACACUGCUUAAGGUCCACGAUUCAGAACUCACUGCCCCCAAAUUCAACCCCGGCUCCGUACCUGUCUUUGAGGACUAUGAUCAUAAGGUUGACCUCAAGUUCGGUGCCCAGAUCUCAGGAAGCAACUACUGGGUCGUCACCAAGGCCGCCGACGUCCUUAACCGUUAUUGCCCACACCUCCGGCUCAUUGACCUGAACUGCGGAUGCCCCAUCGAUAUGGUUUUCAAGUCAGGUGGCGGCUCCGCCCUCCUAGAGAACCAGGGCAAACUGGAGCGCAUGAUCCGGGGCAUGAACGCCACAUCCGGUGAGGUCCCUAUUACCGCCAAGAUCCGCAUGGGUAUCCGCAACAACCGACCUACGGCUACCCAGCUCAUCGGAAGGCUUGCCUUUGGCGCCCGCGAGCACCGCGAACGCCUCGGUGCUCCCGGUUGCGCGGCCCUCACAUUGCACGGCCGCAGUCGUGAACAGCGAUACACCAAGAAGGCCGACUGGGGCUACAUUGGCGAGUGCGCUGCGCUCAUCAAGACUUACAAUGCGGAGAAAGCCUCUCUGACCGACACAAUUGCGGAACCUGACGCCAGCACUCUCCCCAAUGCCAAGGAUGGCCGGAUGUACUUCCUAGGCAAUGGUGACUGCUAUUCUCAUACGGAGUACUUCGAAAACAUCGAAAAGGCGCGUGUCGACACUGUCAUGAUUGGCCGUGGCGCCCUCAUCAAGCCAUGGCUAUUCGAGGAGAUCGAAAAGGGCCAGUACCUCGACAAAUCCUCAACUGAACGUCUCACCUAUAUCGAGAAGUUUGUCCGUUACGGCCUCGAUGCUUGGGGUUCCGACGAGCUUGGUAUCGGGUUCACCCGCCGCUUCCUCCUCGAGUGGCUCAGCUUCACACACCGAUAUGUGCCCAUCGGCUUGCUCGAGCAUCUUCCCCCAAGCUUGAACGACCGCCCGCCUGCGUAUAAGGGCCGCGACGAGCUGGAGACGCUCAUGGCUUCCACCAACUUCAGGGACUGGAUCAAAAUCAGCGAAAUGUUCCUGGGUCCUGUCCACCCGACUUUCAAGUUCCAGCCCAAACAUAAGUCCAACUCCUACGAGGCGGAGGGCUAAGCGGGCGAGUAUCGCCAUAACUGUGGGGUGUAAGAAGGUCUCACGGAUUUUCUUUUGCUAUUAUUUGAAGUCACGACCUUUCGGAGAUGUGUUUGACGAGAUGAGUUAUAUGUGAAGAAGACACUAAACAGAGGAAGUCUUUUGGCCUCAUCACAUGCAAAUGGCUAAAGGGCGACGACACUGGGAUGUGAACAUUUAUUCUAGUUCGAGGCAUAGAAAUUCACGGAUGGAGUAGCUCUCUGCCUACGGUAGUCAGGUAUUAUGAAAAUACAAUCAUC